AUGUCGUCUACUAGGAAAAUACCAGUCCUUGAUCUGAAACUUGCAGAGGAUCCCUCAACGCGAGGACUGCUUCUUGAUCAGUUGCGUGAUGCAUUAUUCAACAUCGAUUUUCUGUAUAUUUCCAACCAUGGAGUCUCGGAAGAGAUCAUAAGUGCUUUGUCAGAGAAGCUUCCGACGCUCUUUCAUUUGCCGCUAGAACGGAAGAGGGAGUUGUCUAAAACUAAAUCCCCCCAGUUCCUUGGUUUUAGUGACUUUGCCAAGGAAACCACUCAGGGCACCUGCACGACGAUGAGUAGCAAGUUCGUGCAUCUCGUGGAAGAAGCAUUUGGCAUCCCAAGAGGGACAUUCGAUAGCUUCUUCAACGAGGAUGCCGCUUCCACCGCCGCCGAUUCCACCCCGGAGAGCGACUUUCUUCCUCCUCAACAUCGGCUUAGACUCAUCUUCUACCCGGCCAUGCCGCCAGAGCAAGAGGGCCAAGCUGUAGGCCCGCACAAGAAUAUGGCUGGAUGGCUCACCUUUCUGAUGUCGGCUCUGAAUGCGCCCUGGAUGUGCAAGGCAGAGACGGCAGCUGGAUUUCCGUCGACCCAAUCCCAAACACUCUCGUUGUCAACUUAG